UCUCCCAUAGAUGCAAGAAAACCUCUGGCUGAGAAUAUUGUUGUUAUUGGUGGAACUUCGAUGGCUCAAGGUUUCAAGUGAGUCAACAUAAUAAGUAUGGUAAUGAAGAAAUCAAUCGUUCUCUAAUUGAACGCUUGCCCGCUUAAUUUGGACAUGUUAUUGUGCCUUGAACGUCAUUAUAAGAUCUAUUGUGGCUAAUGGUUGCUAAUCAUAAUUAACUUACCUUGGUCGCAAGUGGUAAGAAAAUGUUAAUUGUUUAGGUGACUAUAUGUUACUGUUUCCACUUCAGACAUCGUCUACUUCAAGAACUUCACUCUCGACUCCAGUCUUCAAAAUAUCAAAAACGAUUGAGUAUACAAACUCUUAAACUUCAUGAGCCUCCUGUCAAGGCUAACUGUGUCGCUUGGCUGGGAAGUAAGUGUACAAACAUAUUUUUCUUUCAGAAAUUAUGAAGUACAGAAAGUUUCAUUAUAAGCACUAUCAGUUUCGAUGAAAAGAUGAGAGGUUUUUAACAGGCAGUUUUUUCACACGUCAAACUAAAUCACAACGGAGCAAUUUGACAGGUUUUGAGGGCUAGCUAUUAGUUGGACGUACCGCAGUAGAGAGUUUAACAUUCAUACAGCGGACAUCAAUAAAAAUUGCCAAACAAAUUAAGUGACGCUAGCGGGUAUAUUAACCUCUCUAUAAUGGUGGAUUAGGGAGAUUAACUUACUUUUCUUGUGACAACAGGCUCAAUUUUUGGAUCACUAGAAGUGUUGGCUGACCGUUCUGUGUUAAGACUGGAUUACAUCCGGGAUCCUUCAAUUCCUGACUGGUGCUCGUUCUCCUCACGAACCAAUGAGAAUGGAGAUGUUUUAGCUAGUGAACAGAAACCUUUAACACCUAAGAAAUUAAAUUUUGGAAGCCCUAGCAAAUCGUAGAUUAAUAGAUUUAAAACACUAAUAAUAAUUGUAAUCAGCCAAAACUGCGCGCCUAUAUAGCUCCUGCUUAAAGCCCGUUCUCCACUAGGCGAAUUUAUUCGCGCGAACAGAUAAAAAGUAGGAAGCGAUCCUACUUUUUCGCCGCGAAUUUUUUCGCCGACCAAUCACGUUGCCGGAUUUCGGUUUUCGCUUCGCGUCGCGCGAACAAAUUCGCCUAGUGGAGAACGGGCUUAACACACGUGAAAACGCGCAUGUUGUUACAGAUCCGGCCAACAAGUUGCAUGUGUAACAAGGUUGUGUUGGUGUAAUGUACUCAGGUGAAUAAGAUGCUUGUGUGAUGUUACUCUGAGUGUAUAUCCACACCGGGCAGGCUUGAAAAAUAUGCCUGGCCACGGUGGGAUUCGAACCUACGACCUUUGGAAUCUACGACAUUUGGCAGGUUCGAAUCCCACCGUGGCCAGGCAUAUUUUUCAAGCCUGCCCGGUGUGGAUAUACACUCAGAGUAACAUCACACAAGCAUCUGUAACAAGGUUGUUGUGAAGCCGAUUUCAGGAUUUGUUCGUACUGUUUGUUCCCAGUUGUUGUGACAAGUUUGGAACAAAUUGUUAUCACCUUGUUACAAGGUCGAUGACGGUAACAGACUUGCUACAAGUUAUUUCAACAAGACUAAUAUAGGCUGAGCUUGUUGUCAGGGACGCCGGAACGAUCAUAAGGCAAAGGGGGGCGGACCCACAGCAAGGGCACUUCUCUAAAGCAAAACUUCAAAAUCUUCCCAAAAUUUUUUUUUAAUCCAAAAAUUUCGGCGACCUCCCCCCCCCCGUCGCCAAAAAAAUUUCGGUCAGUGUACCAUUUUAGGGGUCAAAAAAAUUUUCCGGACUUACCACAAGUGAAAUAUAAACUGUUUUUGUCUGAAUCUCAUAAUUUUCGUACAAGAACCAUCGUUCUAAAUGUGAUUUAUUAAGUAUUUUUUUAUAACUAAAAGGGCACUUCUGCCCCCCCCCCCUGCCCCCCCUACCAAAAGGCAAGGGGGGCAGCCGCCACCCAGUUCCGGCGUCCCUGCUUGUUGUCAUUAACUUGUUAACAACUUUUUACGUGCAGAGGAUAUCACUUGUUGGAACAGCUUGUUGCUAGUCUGUUGGCUCACAGCAUCAACCUUGUUACAAGAUGAUCCCAACUUGUUCAAUACUUGUCAACAACUGGGAACAAGCAAUGCGAACACUUAUCUGUCUGUCUAUCUUGUUGACAAGCUGAGAGAUUUUACUCGUACGUGUAGGUAUUGCAUGGAACUAAGCUAACCAAGCAUUUAAAUUAUAGAUGCAAGUGAAUUGGGUGGCAACGUUUAUAAACACGUAUUAAUUAGUGGAGACCUCUACACAGAUAUGGUGGUGUAUAAAUUAAAUAUGUUUAUUAAACUAACUAUAUAAAGU